AUGCGUCUGUUAAACACAAGAACUCUGAAGCUACAAGAGUUUGCCUCUCAUGCACCUGCCUAUGCUAUUCUAUCACAUACAUGGGGCUCGGAAGAGGUAGUGUAUCAAGAAAUGGUCCACGACAGUCCUCAGACUCAGCUCAAAGAGGGUUACAGGAAAAUUGCAGGGUGCUGCAAGUUAGCUCUCAGCCAUGGAUUCGAUUGGGUGUGGGUUGACACCUGUUGCAUUGACAAGUCCUCAAGCGCAGAGCUUUCCGAGGCUAUCAACUCCAUGUUUCAAUGGUAUCAGCAAGCUAGCAUCUGCUUCGCAUACUUGGCGGACGUUCCAUAUUUUGUCGAGGCACCGUUUUUAAAGAUGAUGACUUCGAAAAUGUUUGCUGGGGACGAGUUUUCGGCCCUGAAGAACGGAUGGGGCUCUUUCACGUCCAGUCGCUGGUUCUCCCGAGGAUGGACACUCCAGGAGUUGUUAGCCCCUCGUCUAGUAUCAUUUCACGCCUCCGACUGGUCCCUGAUAGGUACGAAACAUGACCUUGCGAGCUUACUGGAAGAUGUCACCCAGAUCAGUCAACUGGCCCUGGAGGGCAAUUCGUUGAAAGGUUUUUCUGUUCGGACAAGGAUGCAAUGGGCGGCUGGAAGAACUACAACUCGCACCGAAGACAUGGCUUACUGUUUGCUUGGCAUAUUUGAUAUAAAUAUGCCGUUGCUUUACGGAGAAGGAAACCGUGCUUUUCAACGCCUACAGGAAGAAAUCUUUAACCAGACGGAGGAUUACAGCUUGUUGCUAUGGUCUUCAUUCCUCUUUCCAAACAUAGGAGCAAGGGAUACAUCAGUUUUUGCUGCGGAGCCAAAGGAUUUCACGGACUUGAGAUUUAGUCGCCGGUUUUGCCCUACAUUGGAGGUGGAAAAUAUUCCGAAAGGCCUCAUUUUUCAGCAUACAUUCAAGCUAUUCGACAAACCGGAAAAUAUCCUGAUACCAAAUCGAAAGCUGAUAGAAGACAACAUUUACCAAGACGACAACCCAACCUAUUCUGACAUCGAGGGACGAACUCACAUCUUCGCCUUUGACUCUCCGAUAAUGUCUGCUCGCGGCAUCUUAAUCACAAUGCUGCUUAACAUGCUUCCUAGCGUGGUAUCUGAUGAACACGAAUGGCUUGCUUGGACAUCUUUAAAUAUUAGGUUUGGCGAUUUGAGUUACGGAAUUUGCAUAGGGCUGAAAAAGGAAGGCAAGGCUCUGGAAAAGGGCACAAAAGCUGCUAGAAUGCGGCCCCAAUGGCUUUACUUGGUUCCAGAAAACAUGCUGCAACAAUUUGAACCAAGUUCUAUAUAUCUUCGGGCGACUCCCUCCACCGUCGAAAACAAUAGUAGUCAAUCAAUACCAACAGCAUCGAAUAUUUGGUAUGGAAGGGGAGAGGUAGAAUUCGACUAUAUUGGCACAAACGUUCCUGAGAAAAUCAUACGCGCCUACCCCAGCUCAGCCUUUAAAGGAUCAUGGCGAGCAAAACUACCUUACGCUUUUUCUUUUACCGGUAAUGGUUCCAAUUUAUUGCAGCCACUCGGUUUUGAUUGCGUUUGGGCUUUCAUUAUAGAAUUUGGUGAGAGAAAAGGACUGGGCGCGUUGCCAAGUAUUGUUUUACUAGUUGGCAUCGAGUUGGAAACGAUGCCAGGCAGACUAUAUCAGACUCCCGAUGGAUCACAUCUAAUUUCCAUGGAAGAUUGGACAAAGUUAAGGGGAUGGCACUGCGACCUGGUUCCAGUACCAAAAACCGAGACCAUUGAUACAAUGCAUGCACAGCUCGGCUGCCAGGAAGGAUUUCUGCAGAGCUUGUCGUCUAACUUAUCAGGGCCGGUUGCAAUUAUUCAGUCGGGGUCCAGGAUUGUUGGUGCGGUCGCAAGCGCAGAUGGAAAUCGUCUGAAGGUUAAAAUUACGGUAUAUACAAAGAGUACAAAGAGUAGGGAGGAAGGCGUUCUAGAGUAG